GUACGGAGUCACGAAUAACUGCUCGAUAUGAUUACCUGAAAUGAGAUAACAAGGGAGAAUUUGCAAGAAAUUGUCUAGAAAACGCGUUACCCAUAGCGGUCCGGUGGUUGCGUAAACCAACGCCCCACUGCCGCCACCAAUGAACUGGAAAGCAAGGUCUUCGACCACACCACAUUGUUUUAUUUUAGCCGUGUCGUUCUAAUUAGGACUAGUCGAAACAAUACCACAGGAAGGAAACGACCGGACACGGGCCCCCAGACGCCCUGUGAAAACUAUCACACGGCUAAUACAAAAACUAUUCCGUUCCACCGAAUUUAACCUUAGUAUAAAUAACAGUGCAAUACUGAAAUGACAUCAGUCUCGAAACGUCGGUAACAAUCACAUCUACAACGAUGUUGUCACAAGUCUUCACCCUCGCUCUCGUUGCGUUGUCUGCAGCUCAGCUCCACAAAGUUGAGCUGGCUGAUGAGAAGACUCCUUACGAUUUUGUGAAAGAGCGCUUGGACGCUAUCGGAACUGACCCGAAGUCUGGACUGCCUUUAUCUAAUAGUUACGAAGUGGAAGAAAGUGAGGAUUACCCUGAGCAAAUAGAAGGAGCGGCGUCUACUGUUUUGAAUACUGUUACUGGUGUUGGUGGUGUGGGCGGAGUUGGUGGUAUCGGUGUUGGUGGGCUCGGCUUAGGCCAGGGCUUGGGCUACGGCGGCAUCGGUUUAGGAGGCCUCGGACAAGGACUGGGACUCGGACUUGGAGGAGUUGGCGGUGGACUCGGCGUUGGUGGUGCUGGAGUUGGAGGCGUCGGCGUCGGCGGUGUUGGCGUCGGAGGUGUUGGCGGCGUUGGUGGUGUCGGACUUGGUAACGGCGUCGGCCUUAUCCAUCCCGGCAUCGGUGGAUUUGGAGUUGGCGGUAUCGGCCUCGGCAAUGGCUUGCUUUACCAUCCGCUCAUCGGACAACAAGUUGGCGGUGGAUAUGUAGACAAGAACGCGUACGAUGCCGCUCAGAAGAAAGGUGCAGGUGAAAACUUGGAGAAAAUAGAAAAGAAAGCUGAAGAAGAAGUGAAACAUGGUCAGGAAGGUUUCCAGCAAGGAGCUGCUGCCGCUAAAGCUGAAAAGGGCGAGUCCAGUUUCUACAAGGACGAAGAAGCCAAGAAGAAAGCUGCUGGUGAUGAAAAGUUCUACGAAGGCAACCAAAAAUUGGACAAACACGGGGCUAACGAGGAACAAGUGAAGAAAGCUAAGAGUCACAAGAAAGGUCAUGUGAGCAAGGGUUUCAAGAGUUCCAGCAGUAAGAAUGAGGAAGAGAAAUCUGAGAGCUUCUACGACGAGGCUCAUGAUGAGGCAGAUCACAAGGUUGCUGGCCACAACGCUGGUUCGUUCGGCGAGAAUGCUCAGCAAGGCUUCAAGGGAGCUCAUGAGGAGAAGAUCUUGGAUGCUAACGCACAAGGAAAGGAAGGACAUCACGUGUCUCAACAGCACAUUGAUGACUCGAAGGCUAAUAAGGGAGAAUACCUGCAAAAGGGCUACAAGGGUGGCGCGGAAGUCCUGGAGAAGUUCAACAACCUCGGAGCUCACUCCGUGCAUGGUCAUCAGGAAGCCACUGGUGGCUACCAGCAGAACAAGGGAAUCCUGCCCAUUCACCGCUAAAAACUUGUCCCUUAUACAUGACGCGAAUAAACAUUUUUG